CAAGCAGCAGGGGUUACUGUGCUGUGCUGGAAUAAAAAGUGCCCCAGCUCCUCACAGCAACUCACUUAGAAAAAAGAAAAAAAAGAAGAAAAACAAAAACAAAAGAAAAAGAAAAAAAAUAACACCUCCUCUCUGCUUAUAUCUUUUUCAACCACCGGGAGCUCUUUCAGUCAGUCAACAUGACCGGAGAUGACCGUCACGGCAAGAAGAAGAAGAUCGCCAUCAUCGGCGUGUCGGCGAUAAUCUUGGUGGCCAUGGUGGUUGCUGUGGCUGUUGGGGUCACCAAAAGCAAAGGCCAUAAGGAAGACAACACACCAGCCACAUCCUCCAAGGCCAUCGAAGCUGUCUGCCAACCAACGGACUUCAAGGACACUUGCAAGACCACAUUGGCUGCAAACGCCGGCAACGUAACCGAUCCGAAGGAGCUCAUCAAGGUAGCGAUGAAGAUCGCCACGGAUAAACUCCAAGAGGUGGUGGACAACUCCCAGACCAUGCACGAGGUCGUCAAGGACCCACUAGGCGACCAGGCCCUUCAGAACUGCAAGGAGCUCAUUCAGUACUCCAUCAACGAUAUCAAAAAAGCAUUCGGGAAUAUGGGCCCCUUCGAUGUAAGCAAGGUCAAAAACUAUGUCAAAGAACUAGAGAACUGGCUCAGCGCCUCCGUAAGCUACGAGCAGACAUGCUUGGAUGGGUUCAACAGCGUUAAAGGUGAUGCCGGAGACAAAAUGAAGAACUUCUUGAAGCAAUCACAGGAACUCACCAAGAACGGACUAGCCAUGAUUAGUGAAAUCAGCAAACUCAUGGGAGGUGCCAUCGACAUCAAACCCCAACGUCGUCUCUUGGCUGAUGGUGAUUCUUCUAAGACCAGCCCAUCAUGGAUUGACGGACGCAAGCUCGACCUCGCCACCGCCAGUGCCAGCUCCCUCAAACCCGACGUGGUGGUAGCCCAAGACGGAAGCGGAAAGUAUAAGACCGUCGGCGAGGCUCUCAAGGAUAUCCCCAAGGAGAGUCCAAAGACGUUUGUGAUCUACAUCAAGGAGGGUGAGUACAAGGAGCAUGUGGUGCUUGAAAAGGAGAUGAAGAAUGUCAUGUUCAUCGGUGAUGGCCCUACCAAGACUAAGAUCACCGGUGACAAGAACUUUGCCGAUGGUACCCAUCCAUUCAGAACCGCAACUGUCGUUGUGAUCGGAGACUACUUCAUCGCAAAGGACAUGGGAUUCGAGAACUCAGCCGGAGCCAAAGGACACCAAGCCAUGGCACUGCGUGUUCAAUCCGACCAGUCCAUCUUCUAUAACUGCCAGAUGGAUGGUUACCAAAACACUCUCUUCACCCAGACCUACAGGCAAUUCUACCGCGACUGCACCAUCUCAGGAGCCGUGGACAUCAUCUUCGGUGACGCAGCCGUCGUGUUCCAGAACUGCAAGAUGAUCAUCAGGAAGCCCGAAGGAGAUGACAAGGCCACGGUCACUGCCCAAGAAAGGAGCGACAAGCGCCAGCCUACCGCCAUCGUCUUCCAAAACAGCACCAUCAGCGCCGACAAAGAAUACAAGGACAAAACGGCCUUCUUGGGCAGGCCAGCACACACCUACUCCAGGACCGUCGUGAUGCAAUCCCAGAUCGAUGAUGUCAUCAGCCCCGAGGGCUGGACACCAUGGACUGGCCAAAGCAACACUGAGGAAUGCUGGUUCGGCGAGUUCUCAAACAGGGGAUCCGGUUCGGCCACCAACAAGAGGGUGAGCUGGUUUAAGAUGGUCACCCGCGAUCAAGCCGACGAGUUUUCCGCAAGCAGUCUUCUGUUCGGUGAAAACUGGAUCAAGCCCAGCGGUGUGCCAUAUGAGGCUGGACUGAUGCGUGUGUAAGCGCGCACUACAGUUUGUUAGCCAAAAGGAUUCAAGUAAUAGUGGGAAAUUUUUCACCUUCUUAUUGUUACUGGGAGCGGGAGGCAUGUCUAGUCGGUGACUAGUUGCCUAUGUUUGUUUACUAGCUUCGAUCACCUCCCAAUUCUGUUCAUCCCACUCUUACUGAGUUCUUGUAAUAUUUAGUAUACAACUUUGCCACAUGAUUACUGAGCGUGCUUGGGAUUACUUUGUGCUCUCUAAACCUUCAGACAUAUCACAUAUAUAAAUAUAUAUUGUAAUAUUAUCAGUCUUAAACCAAAAGAUAGAAAAAGUAGAUUUGAAAUCUGUAGUGGGUGAUGAUGGCAUAAUGCAAGCUUCGCCAGUUGGCCUUGUUUCUGGGCACCUU